AUCGGGUCACCCGGAUCGAAAUUCGGACAUCUCAAAAACCACACGUCUUUGACUGUUUUCGACGUCAGGGGUAACAUGAUAACCGGGAAGAUCCCGAGCAUCGCAGGGUUGAGAUCGUUGGAGGGGGUUUAUGUUAACGACAAUGGCUUCACUUCCAUAGAUGCGGGUUUUUUCACCGGCCUGAGAUCCCUCCAGUAUGUGAAUCUUGGCAACAAUCCGUUGCGUCCCUGGGAAAUCCCUAUUAGUCUAACGGACGCGACUUCUCUACAAGUUUUCUCCGCCGUCAACUGCAGUCUCUCCGGGGAAUUUCCGGACUUACAGUGGGACAGAAUGUUCCCUCUUCUGACGGUUCUGGAAUUGUCUGAUAAUGGGCUCUUUGGUGUACUUCCGAGGAGCUUCUGUGGAUCACGUGUCCAAAUCCUGAAGCUCGACGGUCAAAAACUCAAUGGGCCAAUCUCGGUUCUCCAGAACAUGACUGGUUUGACGGAGGUACUUCUGCAGGGAAACGGGUUCUCAGGUCCCUUACCGGACCUUUCCGGUCUGAGCUUGCUGAAAGUUUUCAAUGUCAGCGAAAACCAGCUUACGGGUAUCGUACCCUACUCUUUCACCCAGUUGUCAUCUCUUUCUCAUGUGGCCUUGGGCAAUAAUUUACUUCAGGGACCAACCCCAAAGUUCAAAACUGCAAAGGCUGAUAUGACUGGCCUCAACAGUUUCUGCUUGGAUACUCCAGGUACUCCUUGUGAUCCACGUGUUAGCGCUCUGCUUUCGAUCGUUGAAUCAUUUGGUGGUUUCCCGGCGGCAUAUGCGCAGAGCUGGAAAGGAAAUGAUCCUUGUGACAGUAAGAGAAUGGGAAUGUGGCUAGGCAUUACUUGUCAAGGAUCUGUAGUUGUAGAGCUUACUCAGCUGACCGAAUUGAUAACUCUAGAUGUUUCGGAAAAUCCUCAGUUGUACGGUACGGUAUCAGGUUUUCGGCCAAAAGUUGUGAUCAAGUUCGGGGAUCCUUACUUAGAAACGCAUGCCAGCUCUCCACGGAAUAAUAAUGCUGGAAAAAUUGUGGGUUCUGUUACCGGAGCUGUGGUCGGUUCGCUUCUUAUCGGGUCCGUCGUUUACUUCUUUGUCAAGAAAAAGAAGAUGCAUCCUCAACAACAUUCUGGUGACAAAGAUGCGCUCAAGAUUACAAUAGGGAAUUGA